AGGGUUGUGAUCGUGUUCUGAGCUGGCAAUAAACACUUGCCGUGACUUUCAGUCAAUCCAACCACCAGAUUCCAGUCACCAUGACCCUCGCAGCCUACAAGGAGAAGAUGAAGGAGCUCCCACUGGUGUCUCUGUUCUGCUCCUGUUUCCUGUCUGAUUCCCUGAAUAAAUCAUCCUACAAAUAUGAAGGCUGGUGUGGGAGACAGUGUAGGAGGAAAGGUCAAAGCCAGCGGAAAGGCAGUGCUGACUGGAGAGAAAGAAGAGAACAGGCAGAUACCGUGGACCUGAACUGGUGUGUCAUCUCUGACAUGGAAGUCAUCGAGCUGAACAAGUGCACCUCAGGCCAGUCCUUUGAAGUCAUCCUGAAGCCACCCUCCUUCGAUGGGGUGCCCGAGUUUAAUGCCUCCCUUCCCCGACGGCGGGACCCGUCAUUAGAAGAGAUUCAGAAGAAACUAGAGGCAGCGGAGGAGCGAAGGAAGUACCAGGAAGCGGAGCUCCUGAAGCACCUAGCAGAGAAACGAGAGCAUGAGCGAGAGGUAAUCCAGAAAGCUAUUGAGGAAAACAACAACUUCAUCAAGAUGGCAAAAGAGAAGCUGGCCCAGAAGAUGGAGUCCAAUAAGGAGAACCGGGAGGCCCACCUGGCCGCCAUGUUGGAGCGGCUGCAAGAGAAGGACAAGCACGCAGAGGAGGUGCGGAAGAACAAGGAGCUGAAGGAAGAGGCCUCCAGGUAA